CACGGUUCUGCGAGGAGAGCGAUCCGCACUAAGCUUGGGUGACGGGUCGCGGCGUUACAGUGUUAAGAGCAAUAACCUGAUAGGUAACGGCGUGUGAUUACUCGUCGCACCCAUCUAGACGUUUGUCAGCUACCAUGGAUCCAUCGAGAAGCAUUCCCCAAGACACCUUUGAGCAGCCUGAGGAAUCAAAGCUGGGGAGGAAAAUCCGGGAGUCCCCUUUCAUGGUGGCAGGUCUGGGAGGUCUGGUGGGAAUUGUUGGCUACAAUUUGUACCAGUUGAAAAACAAGCCAAAGGAGGUGCCACUGUCUUUGUACCUCAUCCACAUGCGCGUGGGGGCGCAAGGAUUCGUCGUCAGCUGCCUGACGUUGGGCGUUUGCUACCAGAUGUACAAGGAGCACCUGCGUCCUAAGAUAGAGAAGUGGCGCGAGGCCUCUCACCCAAAAUGAUAAAUAGCGUGCUUAGUUCUUAGUACUGCUUUUGUGAGCAUGUUCGCUCUGGGUGAAUGCUCGUUUCCUUGAUCAUACGACCAGAUGAUUAAUGUGCGUAAACCACGGGUUGCUGCUGAUUGGUACAACUGGCGGUCAGUAAAUGCCCGUCGGCAGAGCUUCGAGACAUGUGCUCGGUUUCGGUUCCCCAUCACCUGUGUGCGCAAUGAUGCCCGAUUGUGCGGGCCGGCUAUGUUGUUUCUGUACGUGCUUGCGAUGGUUGAUGUGGAGCUGGGGUCGACGGUAAUACAUGUCGAGCCGCGGAAACGUG